AUGAAGAGCAUUCUCGCCUAUGCUCCCGCGCUUGCCCUGGCCCAGGCCGUAGUGGCCCAAGUGCCCACGACAUACUAUGUUCACGAAUCUCUUCCUGAGCAUACCCUCUUCCACCCUGAAAACCUUAGCGACUUCGAGAGCCUCCCCGUGGUCGUGUGGGGCAACGGUGCCUGCAGCGCAGACCCCGUCGCCGGCCAUGGUCCGUUCCUCGAGGAGCUUGCGUCCUGGGGCAUCCUCGUCAUCGCCCUUGGGACUCCCGGGAAUGGCGGAUCCACCAGCAACGAGCAGAUGGCACAGGCCAUCGACUGGGCCAGCGAGAACGCCGGCCAGGGCGAGUGGGCAAACAUUGACGCCACCCAGCUCGCCGCGGCCGGCAUGAGCUGCGGCGGCACCCAGGCCUACGCGCAGAACCAAGACCCCCGUGUGACUGCGUUUGGGAUCUUCAACUCGGGCACCCUCGACGCUUCCCAAACCGACGCAACACUGGGUGCUAUCAACGUGCCCAUCUUUUUCUUCCUCGGUGGCCCUACCGAUAUUGCGUAUGAGAACGGCAUGCGAGACUACGAGGCCGUCAACGCCGGCGUCCCGUCCUGGGUCGGGAACUUCGAUGUCGGCCACGGUGGUACCUACCUCGACCCAGACGGUGGCGUCUUCGGCACAGCUGGUCAAUCCUACUUCCGCUGGGUCCUCCGCGGAGAGACAGAAGCCUCUGCUUAUUUCGUCGACGGCGGAGCUGAGGCCGAUGGAUGGCAGACCGCUAGCAAGGACCUUGGAAGCAUCUAG